GACGUCUCUUGCUUGACAGCUGCUCUGCGAUGGGUCUCUCGGAUCCUGCUGCAUGGAAUUUUGAUAUCGAUCGAUGGCUCAACCCCAUUGUGCCGCCACCGCCUUGGAAAUGGCUUCCAUACCCAGUGUCAUAUGUGCUCGGAUAUAGAAAGAAGCCGAUGAAGCCAGUUGGUAAUUUGAUCAUCACGGCCUGGGCUUUUGUGGGAAUAUUCGCUGGUUUGAUCGUCAUUGAAGUUGUAUCAAAGCAUGUGGCCGCAUUUCAGAGCCACCAAGCCCCGAUUAUCAUUGCGAGUUUCGGUGCUGCGUCGGUAUUGAAUUUUUAUGCCAUUGAAUCUCCACUGGCACAACCCCGAAAUUCCGUCUUUGGGCAGUUUAUCUCUAGUGUCAUCGGCGUGGCAAUAUGUAAACUAUUCGCGCUGAGUCCACACUUUGAAUCUAUUCGCUGGGUUGGGGGUGCGUUGGCUUGUGCCCUCGCUACAGCGUUGAUGGCUAUCACCAAAACGGUCCAUCCACCAGCUGGCGCAACCGCUCUCUUGGCUGUUGUCAGCAACGACUCACUGCCAUUGGGAUGGUGGCUGGUACCCGUGAUCCUGUUAGGAGCAGUUCUCAUGGUAAUCGUUGCAUUGAUUAUCAACAAUAUCCAGCGCAAGUUUCCUCAGUACUGGUGGACCCCCGAAGAUCUCGCCCAAACAAAACGAAAAGAAGCAACCCCCGAAAACGACGCACAGGCGGAUGUUGAAAGCAAACUGACACAAUGUUCUUCGGGGCGAAGUGAAGGGCUGGCAGAGGAACAAGUGAUCAUCAGGAAGGGGAGCCUGACUGUGCCCCAGCAUCUGUACUUGACUCCUGAAGAGCGGACUUUUCUGGUAGAACUCAGUGACCGACUCUAGUGCUCUACAUACACAUAUACACAUAUACACAUAUACAUACACGACUACACGAAUAUACGCAUGGAUCUGACCCUGUAGGACAUAUCCGUAGUCCUUAGUCGCCCUCGCCACCUGCACGGGCGGAUGACGUGUGUGGGCCAGUAAGCGCUGGCGAGGGGCCGCCGUGCUCCACCGGCCACAAAAUUUCAGAGUGAAAGAAAUAAUUAAACCGAUAAUCAAUAUUACUUACUCUUAGACUCUUACUGCUUCCUGAGUUUGCAUACCACCGGCUCGCAGCAGAUCCUGAAACAGCUGCCAGUCCUUCUCUUUUCC